AGCACUCAUUCAGCAUUCGCGCAUCAAACAUUUCUUUUCAUUACGAUUCAGUCGAUCGUUUGUUUAAAUAAAUUUAGUGUUAAAUAAGUGAAAAAGAAAUAAAUAAAAAAAAUAUUUAUAUAAAAUACCCAAGAAAAGAAAGAUUAUUACUUAAACUUCUCGCAUUGCAUACGGUUUGUCACCAGACGUGGUCUUAAAAUUAAAUGGAUCGUGAGGAGGAAAUCAAGAACAUGAAAUAAAAUACACAGACUUGAGAAGAAACACGAAGAAAAUGUUUAUAUAAAUUGCUUUCAAAAUAUAGCAACAACAACGACAAUAAGGCUGCAUUAACAAACAACAAAAAGUGUUGAAAAUAAACAUUUUUAACGAAAAGAAUAAUUAAUUGAAAUUAACAAAAAAAGUACAUUUAAGAAUUGUAAUUGUAUAAAACUUUCAACAACUCUUGAAGGCUUUGAAAAGUUUCAAAGAAAACUAAAUAUAAAGUGAAAAAAUCUUAGUUGUUGUUGGUUUUUUUUAUUUAAGUUUAAUUUUGAGAAUAACUAUUGUUAAAAUAGCGAAAGCGUUACAACGAAAGUGCAGUGAAAAUGUUUCGACUAUUGCCAGCAGCCGAAGAAGCAACAACAACAUUAAUACCAAACACAAAAAUGAACACUUUACCAAAAAGUGUUAACAUCAAAAUCAACAGCAAAAAAACUCUACAAUUCUGGCACUGGCAUCAGCAGCUACAACAACAACACCACCAACACCGCCACCAUCAUCAUCACCGCCAGCAACUUAAUCAACAGCAGCAGCAACAUCAUCCUCUCAUGCUGUUUAUUUGUAUAAUACUGGCUCUUUGCCAGCAUGUUCAUACUGCAGCAGUUACCGAUUCUCCAAUUAAAAUUAUAAAAUUACCUGCACAGGCUCCAGUUAUACGUUAUAGCCGCAUAGAGUUACAACCAGAAGAAAAAUUGGCAGUAGGAAACGAUUCCGUAUUAGUAACAACAGAAAAUUCGGGAUUGUUGCAGCAAACAGAAGCAGAUUUUCAAAAUGAUGAUCCUUUAGGUUUACUCAAUUUGAGUGGAGCCAUGAAUACUUUAAUACCACGCCAGAAUCGUGGUAGCAACAGCAAUUGUCCAAGAUCCUGUCCGCCUAGUAUGACAGUGGGUGCUGAGCCAGUAUGUGGUUCGGAUGGUUUGAUUUAUGCCAAUUUAUGUGAUAUGAAAAAGAAAACUUGUUCCAGAAAUGGUGCCAUAAAGCAGGAUGUUAGAGAUGGUUGUGAAAGAGCUCGUGGUUCCGAUUGUAAACAUCGUUGUCCUAGUGAAAAGGAUCCUAUAUGUGGUACUGAUGGCCGUACUUACUUAAACAGAUGCAUGUUACGUGUACAAGCUUGUCGUGUUGGCAUGGCUGCGGUUAAGAUGGCCCAUGUAGGACCUUGCAGUAAUACAAGCGCCAUACGCGAAUCUUGUCCCGUGGAUUGUAACAGUGCCCCUAAGGAUGGUCCUAUUUGUGCUUCAGAUGGCAAUGUCUACAAUUCCACCUGCGAAAUGAAACUAUUGACUUGCGGUCAAGGUGUGGUAAAAACCAGCCGUAAACACUGUCAAUCAACUAGAAUGUGUCGUGAAUCAUGUUGGCGUGUUGCUCGACCCACUUGUGGUUCAGAUGGCAGACUUUAUGCUAGUCCCUGUAAAAUGCGUUCCUCCAAUUGUGGCAAACAUGUGUUUGAAGUGCCGCUGUCAUUCUGUAUGUCUCAAGAACGCAAUGGAAAUCAGGUGGAAAACUGUCCUACCGAAUGUCCCAAAACUGACAGUGCGGCAUAUGUAUGUGGUAGCGAUGGUAAUAUUUACUCUUCGUUGUGUGAAUUAAAAAUGUUAAAUUGUGGGCCUCAGCGUAAAUCUAUACAAAAGAUGAGUAUGGAUAAAUGUAAGACACGUUUGUCUAGAUGUAAACAACUGCCUCCCUGCAAAGAUUUCAAUAAUCUUUUUGGUUCUAUAUUCUCUUCCAAAAAAAGUGAUAAAUUGUGUGGCACUGAUGCCAAGACUUACAAUAAUGAAUGUGAAUUGGCUCAUGCUACUUGUUUGCGAGGAGUUAAUUUGGCCCAUAUUGGACCCUGCACCGAUUUAAAAUCACCGCCCAAAGACUGUGGCGAACGUUGCACCAAACAAGAUAUUGAAGGAGGGCCCGUAUGUGGUUCUGACGGCAACACUUAUGCCUCCAACUGUGAAUUUAAACGUAGAACUUGUCAUUUAAGAGUUGUACAAGUAUCCUUGAAAAACUGCCUUUUAACAGCAGACUGUGAAACCGAUUGUGAUGCUCAACCGCCCAAUUUUGUGUGUGGUUCGGAUAAUAAAUUCUAUAAAUCAGAAUGUCACAUGCGCAAGGAAAAUUGUGGCAAACACGUUUUCGUUGUGCCACUAAAAAGAUGUUUAAGUAAUGUGCAAUUUAAAGGUUGUGCCAAAAUAUGUCCACCCGACUUUGAACCGGUUUGUGGUACCGACAAUAUGACCUAUUCGAAUGAGUGCUUUUUGGAUAUGGAAAACUGUCAUAGCAAUAACACAAUAGCGAUAUUACAUUAUGGUGCUUGCGGUCGACCAGAAGCACCCUCAACGAAUUUCUUAUAUUAAAGAAAAUAUAAUAUUUCAUCAUUGUUGUCCACAGUUGUCUAGUUGAAAAUUGAACAACAACAUUAAAUUGCUAAAUGAACGAUUAUUAUUAUUAUUUUUUUUUACAUAUUUAAUAUAUUUAUGAAAUUAUUUAUUUGCUUAGUUUAAUAAUUGUUAUACGAUAAGACAUUUUUUAUAUCUAACUUUAUAAUAUAAAUUUAAUUCAAUUAAAAAAAAAUGAAAUAAAUAAAUUUGUGUGAUUAUAACUUAAGCGGAAUCGUCGAAGAGUUUAUUUAGGUUAGCCUUAAUUUCGUGAGGCUUAAAUUUAAUAUACUUAUCAGGAUUUUUACUAAAUUGGACACCAGCAUACCUAUAAAGGAGUAUAAAUGUAAGAAGAAUUAAAAAAAAAAUUAGGAAAAAUUUGAAAUGGAAUUUCAAAGAAAGUAUGUAGGUGCAAAUGAUAAGAUUUGAAUGUAAAUAGAACAUAUGAAUCUUUUUAACUUUAAGGUUAUUUUACCAGUUUUAGCUUUUUUUAAGUCUAUGAGUCGAAUUUUGUUUUAAAACUGGUAUGUGUUUGUAUUAAUACGAAAAAUUAAAAUAGAAAACACAAAUGUACUUACACAUUGAAAAAUUCAUUAUAUUUGGGCAAAAUAUGUUCCUCAUUAUCGCGCUUAAUACCUUGUCGCAAAGUAACAUCCGGUAUUGAGAUACCUCUUUGAAUUUUACAAGCUUCUUCGAAGUCUUUGUUAAAAGUC